CCGCAAUGGCAUCUCCAGAACCAACAGACCAAGAUACCUUAAACGAAGCGGCACACCACAAAACCCUAGCGGAAUCUUCAUUCACUUCCGGUGACUUGACGUCAGCCCUAAACCACGCGCGUAAAGCCCUCACCUUGGCUCCCAACACGGAAGGCGUAUCCUCCAUGGUCACCGCCUUCGAAACCAUUUCCGCCUCCUCCGAAGGAGAUGCUCCAGAGUGGUACAAGAUUCUAAAGGUAGAGCCUUUCUCUCACUUUGACACUGUAAAGCAACAGUAUAGGAAGUUAGCGUUGGCGUUGCAUCCUGAUAAGAAUCCUUAUGUUGGGUGUGAGGAAGGGUUUAAGCUUGUGAAUGAGGCUUUUAAGGUUUUGGGAGAUAAUGUUAUGAGGAGUGAGUAUGAUUUGAAGUUGAGGAUUAGGAUUCAGGGCGAGACUGGUGCUUGUGAUGGUGGUGGUGAAACGUCGACGUUUUCGACGGUUUGCUUGGGGUGUGGGUUUGUGCGUGAGUUUGAUAGGAAGUAUUUGGGGGAGAGUUUGAUGUGUGGUGGUUGUAAGAAGAGUUUUGAGGCUAAGGAAGAAGAAGGUGGAGCUUCUUCCUCCAAGAUUAUAACUUAUAGUAGGAAGAGGAAGAAGCGUGUUGGUGAGGAUGGUGAAAGUCUGAGAAGAGUGAGUGAGACGAGAGUGGAGGAAGGAGGAGCUUUGGAUGCAGGUGAGAGUUUGGAUGAAGAAGAUGAAGGGAUGAUGACUUUAGCAGAAAUGCAAUCAGUACUAAAGAGAAAUAAACCAAAGAAUGGUAAGCGAGAAGCUUUAAAGAAUAAGAAGAGUACAAAGAAGAAGAAGACUAACCACAAGGAGUUAAGUGAGAUAGUGGAAGAUGAGGAUCUUGAAUUGUAUGAUUUUGAUAAAGAGAGGACGCCAAGGAGUUUCAAGAAAGGGCAGGUUUGGGCGGUAUAUGAUGGUGGUGAUGACAAUAUGCCUCGGAGUUACUGUGUGGUAAGUGAAGUCGUCUCUUUGAACCCUUUUAAGGUAUGGAUAAGCUGGUUGGAUUUUGACAGCGAGAAACUGAUCUCUUGGGUGAAGAACAGCUCUUCUCAUCAUCAUGUUCCUUGUGGGAGGUUUCGGGUUUCAGAGAAAGCUUUGAUAGAACAUGUGAAACUAUUCUCUCAUGUUGUCAACUGUGAAAGGGUUGCACGAGAAGUAUACCAAAUAUAUCCAAGGAAAGGCUCUGUUUGGGCUGUAUACUCAGAGACAAAUACAAGUCUUCAGAGAAGAAAGAGUAAACACUAUGAGAUCAUUGUGUGUUUGUCUAUGUAUAGCGAUGCGUAUGGCUUGAGUGUGGCGUAUCUAGAGAAGGUUAAUGACAACUUGUUUAAGAGACGUGAUUUAGGGUGUAAUGCGGUCAGGUGGGUUGAGAAAGAAGAUGUUGCAGCCUUGCUCUCUCAUCAGAUUCCUGCUAAGAGGGUGCAGGAAGAACAAUCUGGAGCUGGUGUGAGAGAGUGUUGGGUUCUUGAUCUUGCUUCUGUUCCUCCUGAUUUGGUUUCUGCCACUUAGUUAAACAUAGAUGCUAGCUUCGUCUUUUCUUUUGGAUCUCUUCAUCAUGAUUAAGAGAAACAAAACACCCUCAUGUCAAACAUUUUUUUUAUCACCAAGAUUAUUAAGUUGUAUAUAUUCACAUUUGCC